AUGAUCUAUGGAGACGAUGAAGAUGAUUUAGCAGGUUUCACAUUCAUUCCAUUCACUAUUUGGACUGCCAGUGAUGAUGAAGCUUCAGUUACAAAGGGGAAACUAAAAGCCAUUCACGAAAAGCUUGGUUUUAUACUUCAUGCUUCUAAACCUUCUUCUUCUGAUGAGUACUCCAAAUCCUCCAUUAAGUCCAUUCUUGAAACCCUCACCAAGGAGCAUUCAUCUAAUCUAAAAAAGAUGAACAAGGCUAUGAAUGCCUCUACCUCAGUCUGCAACAAAACGACCGAAAAAUUCGAUAAACUAAAUUUUGAUGCUACUACGUUUAUGAACAACUUCGAGUCUUCUUUUGAGACCAAUACAGUAAGAGCUAAUGAAGCAAUUGCAAAUCUUGGCUCGUCUCUUAAGGCUGAAGAACAAAACUGCAAGAAGUCAGAACUGGAAUCACCACUGAUCACGAAGACUCUCACUGUUAAGCUUGAACAUGCUGAGAAAAAGAUCCAGGAUCUGAUCACUGAGAAGACUCGUGUUCGCUAUGCUACAUCGCUUGGAGGGUGUUCUGGAUCCUUCCUUUAUUCCGAAACAAGGGGGAGAUCAGCCGAAAAGGCUUCAACAACUUCAGCAAAGCCAACCACUUCUAUCAAGCCAAGUAUUAAAAGCGAAUAUGAGCCUAAAGGCAAAGACAAGCUUUUUUCUGAGGAGUCAAUAGUUGAUAACAACGAUGAAGAAAAGCUUGAUGAAAAAGAACUCAAAAGGAGAAAGGCUCGUGAGGCUGAACUAGAUGAGAAUCAAAGAAUUGUGAGAGAGGAUGAAGCCAAGGAGAAAUCCGAAAGAGAAGCAAGCAUUCAAGUUUUUUUCUUUUAUCAAGUUUCCAAUGUUCCCAUCUUUGAUAAUGGUGCUGAUCAACUUCUCUUCCAAUUUUAUCUUAAGCACAUGAGGUCGCAAUACGAAACUUGGAGUGCCAGUAGAAUCACGGCAGUGAAGGUCACUGGACCAAUCGAGGCUGACAGUUUUCCAAACGCCAAAUUCAAAGUUGUCAGAGAUAUAGUUGCAGUGUUACGAAAGAAGCCUACUGAUGUUCCUAAAGAAGCUCCUGAGGGGUUUGAAAAUUUGAAGCUUGGAAAGAUCUACAAGGAAAGUUGGUAUGUUGUCUUUCAAGCGAGGGAUAAGAAUGAUGCUGACUCGCAAAACAUGUUUCUUCCUCCCUGA